ACUCGUUAUGGCGUCGCACCGAGUCAGAAUGAGAUUUUUUAGCUGCAGCAUGUAUUGGAAUUUACCAGUCGGGUACCACGACGUUUUUUGUGGGUUAUUGUAGUAAAUUAUAUCCAUGAAAAUGGAGGAAGAGGAUAACACAACUGCGGUCACGGUCAGCACCGACAUGGACCUUAAAAAAGGAGGUAGUGUCGAAUAUAACGGGGCUUGUACGGUGGUCCAAGCAGGAUUUAAUCUGGCUGCAGAUCGUGGCGACCGCAACGGUCCUGGAAACCGUGUCGGAACGGGGAUCCGCGUUCUAAAGAGGAACAUGAAGAGGAAUGGGAGCCGGGGCUGUGUCACCAGGAAGACCCGCUUUGGAUCUCGCGAGCGGGACUGGCUGAAGGGGGAUGCCCAGCGAGGCUGCGUGUGUCUGUAUGGGGGGACAGUGGAGCCCCAACCUCCUUCCUCCGGCCCCCAGACCUCGUCCACCCCCCAGGCAGACCUCCGGCUGGUGCUGUGCUCCACCAGCACCACGGUGGAGGAGCUGUGCGCCCAGAGGGACGGCGAGGGACUCUACCUCCAGCUGCACGGCGACCUGAUCAGGAGGCUGGACCCCACUGAGCGCCCUCUCCACAUGGUGUACGACUACCUGAGCGCCCUGGGCUACAAAGAGCCGCUCCGGGUGCAGAGAGAGGCGGCCCACUCCGACCUCAGCUGCAUGAUCCGCUUCUACUCUGAGAGGCCGGUGAACCCGGACCAGCAGGAGAGGACUCUGCUGAAGGGAGUGUUCAGCGUGAGGAAGGGGAAGACCCAGCUGCACAAGUGGGCAGAGCGGCAGGUCAUCCUGUGCGGCACCUGUCUGAUCGUGGCCUCCGUCAAGGACAGCCUCACGGGGAAGAUGCACAUCCUGCCGCUGGUGGGGGGGAAGGUGGAGGAGGUGAAGAGAAGACUGCACUGUCUGAUGUUCAGCUCAGCAGGACCGCAAGCCCACACCUACUUUGUUAACUUCGACACACUGGUAGACUACCAGCGGUGGCAUCGACAGGCUUCGAAAGUGGUGUCUCAGACAGUCAGCCUGGUGGACCUGUCGUGCUACAGUCUGGAGGCGGUGCCUGAAUAUCUGUUCUACAGUCAGGACAUCACACACCUCAACCUGAGACACAACUUCAUGAACCUGCAGGGGCCUGGAGGUCUGCUCAACCUGCCCAGAUUCUCCCAGCUGAAGAGUCUCAACCUGUCCCACAAUCGUCUGGGCGUGUUCCCCGAGUCUGUCUGUGAGAUCCUGACUCUGACUGAGCUCAGCCUCUCCUGCAACGGCCUGCACACUGUCCCCCAACAGAUAGGCAACCUCCAGAGCCUACAGACCCUCUCCCUGGAUGGAAAUCACUUGAGCUCCUUGCCCGAGGAGCUGGGCGGCCUAUCUCAGCUCAGCAGCCUGGGGCUUUCCUUCAACAACUUCCCCCACAUCCCCAGUGUGCUGGAGAGGCUGAGUGCUGUUGACAAGCUGGCCAUGGCUGGGAACAGGGUGGAGAGCUUGGAGUUGCAGACCCUGGCAAGGAUGAGCCACUUGAGGAAUAUUGACUUGCGGCUGAACGGUCUGCGCUGUGUCCGGAGCGAGACUCUGGAGGCGGUGAAGCAGGUGACCCAGCUGGACCUGAGGGACAACCGGCUGGCCUGCCUGGACCUGAGCUCUGCCUGCAGCCUGGAGACCCUGCACUGCCAGCGCAACCAGCUGGGGGCGCUCACCCUCAGCGGCUUCACCCUGCGUGCCCUCCACGCCAGCAGCAACCGCCUGACCACCAUCAACAUCUACCCAGUCCCCAACCAGCUGACACACAUGGACCUAUCACGGAACCUGAUGGAGUAUCUACCAGACUGGGUUUGUGACAGCAGGAAGAUCGAGGUGCUGGAUGUCACACACAACCUCCUGUCUGAACUGCCAGCCAGAUUGCUCAGCAGCCUUAGUCUGAGGAAGCUGCUGGCUGGGAACAAUCAUUUGCAGCGGCUGCCCGACCUACUUGACCACAUCCCGCUGGAAGCACUCGACCUCCAGCACAACAAGCUAGGCGAGCUCCCAGAGAGCCUCUUCUACAAGGCCUUAAACUUGAAGUACCUGAACGUGUCAGCCAAUGCCCUUGAGACUAUCCCCCCCAGCAGCCAAUCAGAAGAAAGCCUGAGCACGCUCCAGGAACUGUACUUGACGGGGAACAACCUGAAUGAGAACUGCGCCGCCCUGCUGGUUGGACAUCAAAACCUCAGAGUCUUGCACAUGGCCUAUAAUCAACUACUAUCCUUUCCAGCCAGUAAGCUGGGUAAACUGGAGCUGCUGGAAGAGCUGAAUCUCAGUGGUAACAAGCUGAAGACCAUCCCCUCCACAGUGUCCAGCUGUAAGAGACUCCACACCCUCAUAGCACACUCCAACCACAUCAGCGUCUUCCCAGAAAUCCUCAACCUGCCCGAGAUCAAGCUGGUGGACCUGAGCUGUAACGAGUUGACAGAGAUCCAGCUCCCUGACUCUCUGCCGGCCACCCUGCACGAACUGGACCUGGCCGGUAACAGCAGCUUAAUGCUGGAGCAUAAAACCCUCAACCUGUUCAGCCACAUCACCACCUUGAAGCUGGACCAGAAGCCAGCCAUAGCAGCAGGAGACUCCGCAGGCAGCUCCACCCUCUGGAACCAUGGCUACUCCGAGAUGAGCGGCCAGAGAAACAAGUUGUGUGUGUCUGUGCUGGCCGUGGACCGCUUUGGAGACAGCGUGGAGGCGGCCUAUGGCAUCUUCGAUGGCGACCGCAACGAGGAAGUCCCUCGGCUGCUGCAGUGCACCAUGGGAGAUGUGCUCUCUGAGGAACUGCAGCACUCGAGCGUGGACAGUGUGUACAUGAGCAACACUUUUCUCACCUCGCACAGGAAGCUGGGCAUGGCGGGGCAGAAACUGGGCGCGUCUGCCCUGCUGUGUUACAUCCACCACGAGCCCUCCGAGCUGGUCAGCUACUUCAGCCUGACGGUAGCCAACGUGGGCAGCUGCCAGGCGGUGCUUUGCAGGGACGGGCACCCCCUGGUCCUGUCCAAGGGGUUCAGCCUGGAGCAGAGCACUGAGGAGAUGGAGAGAGUCAAACUAAGCAAGGCCAUCAUCACUGAGGACAACAAAGUGAGCGGGGUGACGUGCUGCUCCCGCCUCCUGGGCUGCUCCUAUCUGUCUCCCUGGGUGAUUCCCAAGCCCUGGGUGCGCACCGAGCCCCUCUACUCCCAGGACGAGUUCCUCAUCCUGGGCAACAGAGCCCUGUUUGAGAGGGUGUCCUACCAGGAAGCCGUAUGCACCGUGCAAGCUGUGAGGGAUCCACGCGCCGCGGCCAGGAAGCUGUGCACCCUGGCCCAGAGCUACGGGGGCAAGGACAACGUGGGGGCCGUGGUGGUGUCCUUGCACAUAGGCGAGGACAGCUGUACCUGUGAGCCCCCGCUCGCCCCCACCGAGCCCCGCGGCCCUCCUCCGGCCCCCCUCCCCGCUUCCAUCACACCCGGAGACCCGGCCACGCCCUCCUCCAGCAGCGGCAUCGCCUCCGAGUUCAACAGCGAGACGUCGGCCUCCGAGGUGGGGAGCGAGGCUGGAUCCACAGCCUCGGACGAGCAACCCUCGUCCGGCCUGGCCUCCCGGCCUGAGAGGCGCUGCAGCCUCCACCCUGCUGCCUCGCUGUGUGGCCCCAUGGUGCCAGGGACAGCCCCGGGCCCCCCCCACCCUGUCCUGUUCCAGCGACAGCCCUCCUGCGCCACGUUCUCCAGUUACCAGUCAGACAACGGGCUGGACAGUGACGACGAGGCGCCACUAGAGGGAGUCAUCUCCAAUGGGAGCAAGUUGGAGGUGGAGGUGGACAUCCACUGCUGUGCUUUCCAGCUCCGCUCCGGGGCCCCUGAGAGCCCCAAGGACGUGGUCCUAGACAAGCGGGGCUCCGACUAUCCCAACGGGAAAAUGCGCAGACAGAACAGCGUGGUGGUGUCGGCCACCAACGGCUGUCUGCUGGCCGUGUGCGGCAGGGAGAUCUCCGACCUCAAAAAGUCCCCCUCCACCUCCAGCCUGUUCGGGAAGAAGCUAUCCAACGGCUCCGUGGUGGCCCCUGAGGAUAGCCACAACCUCAUCGAGGUGGCCCUGGAGGCACCGAAGAAGAAGUCAGGUUACUUCACUGCCCCGGCCCAACAGGACCCCGAGGACCAGUUGGUAGUGCCUCCCAGUCUGGAGCAGGAUGUCAGGGAACAGCUGAAAGGCCAAAGCCCUGUGAUCCCUGGACCCCCACCACCUUCUACUCCACCCUCCAACAGAGAUCUCAUAUGGGACAACCCACACCCUCCUGCCCCCCUGCUGUCUCAGCGAGACCUCACGCCCGUCCCUGCCCCGGCCCCGGCCCCCGUCCUGCAACAGGAGGUCUAUGACACUGCCCUCUAGGGGGAGGGGAGGCUGGAGCAGUGCCAUCUGCUGGCGGCCAGGUGACAGUGCCAUACCAGGAGGGCAGAGAAGGUCUCACUGGCACCUGCCUGCAGGAUAUUCCAGUUUGAGCUUCUGUUUCAGAUUCGUCACGCAGACGUGUGAUGGACCUGCGGGGUCCUUGACUGCUCACACACGGUGUCUCCUCGUCAGGGUGGGAGGUGCUGGGCUGGCUGGUGACCCUGUUCUGCCUAAGAAGAGGGUUAGGCUUCCUGAAGUCCCCACUCCUAAACCGAGGCUGUUUAGGUGAGGAAGAUCAAAAAGAAAAUGGGGGGACCGUCACAGGCCGAAGUUCCCUUCUGGCCUGAACUGGAAUACCUCGUGUGUUUUACACUGCAGAACUCAUUAGCACCAUUUCCCUUUACUUGGAAGGUCAGCGUGUCUAAAUGGAUGUCCUGUGGAGUGUGUUCAUUCAUCUUGUGUAAAUCCUCCUGUCUGGGGGCUCCAUGGGCUCUGAGGUCCCAGAUAAAUGUCCUGAGGCCGAGAUGUGAAAAAGUGCCUACUGCAGAAGACUCAGCCCAAGAGCUCCCUGCCAGCUUGGGUCUGUGUGUGUGUGUGUGCCUGUCUGUCAGCCUGUCUUCCUGUCUGCCAGUCUGUCUGCCUGUCUGCCUGUCUUCCUGUCUCUGUCUGUCUGUCUGUCUGUCUGCCUGUCUGUCUGUGCGUGUCGGUUCCAUAUCAAAUCCUGACUAAGGACAGCCCUGGUCACAGCAUCCUCAAGAGGCCAUCACUGGUACAGCCAAGCACCCCUCCACAUCUCUGCCACCUUUCUCCCACUGUCUCGUUUUCUGCUGUCCAGCCUGGCCUCUCUGUGGCCAGUCUCUGGACCUGGACUCUGGACCUCAGUUCUCACUCUGUGGUAAAAGGAAUCAAGCGUUGUUGUACAUGCUAGUUGGAACUAGACCGGUGGGAAGACAAAAACAAACAACACAUUUAUUUACUAGGAUAGCAAAUUAUUAUGAUGGGAUUGUUGAAAAAUCCACAUAUAUAUGGGACAUAUCUAUCUAUACACAUAAACUGACCCAGUAGAGGCCAAAACUACAACAGCUGGUAAAAGUUCCAUGGCCUGCUUGACCAACUGUAACUGUUUGGAACAUUCUGGAGCCUUGCUAGAGGCGGUGAUACAUAUCCUUAGUAUUAGACAAAUGGCUCUUUCAAAAAUCUCAACUGCAGAGUGCUUUGCUCAAAUGUACAGAGGCAAUAUGAUGUAGUAAUUCAAAAAGUUUCUGUAACACUAUAUCCGUACCAGUGCAUGGUUCGUUUGCCAGUUUGAACAGAACAGUAGGUGUUCUUACAUUCAAAAUAUUUUAGUUUGAGAUGAAUGCAAAACAAUUCUUAUUCUGCAUUCUUAUCUGCACAUUUUACUGUUCACCAUAGAAAAACCCACGAACUGUCUGUAAGGACAUACCAGUAGUGACAGACUCAACAGCUUAGAGCUCUCCACCACGAUGCUGCCAUACUUAAAGACUUGCGGUCUAAUUUAGAAGGGAGGGGAUUCCUGUCCACGUGAAGACUCUUACUUUCACUUCCCCAAAUCAUUCAAUUCUUCCAACUGAACAUAAAACUACAUGAGGUGCAGUGCACAAAAUGGAGAGGUCUACUUCAUGACAGAAAACCUAUGUGUGUAUGUUGUGAAAACAUGUCAAAUGUGUACUAUGUGUGCUCUAUGGUACCAUAAUGAUAUAACGUAUAACGUCAGUGACCAGGUAAAGAUAAAGAACAUGUAAUGCCCCCUCUACAGAGCUGCUGUUCUUUGAGAUGAGGUACUGUAAGGUCUUACAGAAUAUUUCCAUUGUGCUUGGUGGGACAUCUGGUGGAGGUGGCUGUGAAUUGCCAUGGUUUGUUCCUCCUUCCUCUGUACAACCUUACACUAACCCAUUAGAUCCAUGUUCACUGCUUGUUGUAUAAGCUUGGGCCUAUAUGCUGGAUGUUGGAGGGAAGAUACCCUAUUGUUGUCUUGGCAACAAUGAGGCAUUGUCUCAUUAAAAGGUGUGGUGGAAAAACUCUACUACAAAAACACCAAUCAGUUGACUUUAAUAUUGUAAAUGGUCAAAAGCUCCAGGGGCAUUUAGGAUAGAGCACCCUGAGGACACGGAUGAAAUCUGACCCUGUCUUUUCAGUUUGGCGGCAGCUGUCACAGAAUCUGCCGGAAGCAUCUGUGCUAUGGCUUUCUGAGGUACCACGUUUAAAAACAAUCCACCUCACCAUAAGGUUCCAUUUAUGCAGUAACACUGAAUUAUUUGAGGUGUUGUACCUCCCUAUAAGAGGUGUGCUUGGAUGCAAUGGAGUGCUUUUGUCGGGAACCGGUAAUGUCAUACUUUUCAAAUGUGUGUCCUGUGAGGCUGGCAUCCCUGAUCACUUUUGUUUGGACAACAGAAAAGGUUACAUCAGGUAAUCUUGAACAAUGACAUGUCCCCAGGGAGAUAACGUUACCUUAGAAAGAAGGUAUCUUAUUUGAACAGUGGAGAUGUAAAGGCCUUUGUGCAUGUUGUGCCGAUGUUUAUCUAGCAGUGGAACUGGAGGAGCUUAACUCGUUUGCCACGGUUGCCUUGAAAACAGGCUAAAUCUAUAAAGGUGAUUGCACUGUGGAAUUUACCGAGGUUUGUUCCUUACUUAAGAGGACCCAUAAGUGCACUGUGAAUCAGGCGAGAUACAAGGCCUAACAGCGGCAGACUACAAUUAGCUUCUAUCUCACCUUGUGCCAAAGGAGAGGACAUGUCGUAGUUCUGGAGAAGUCAGUAGUCAUUGAAAUGGAGAGGUCUUGUGUCUUGACAAGAGGAUGACUGAUAGUGAUGUGUAGAAGCACAGAUGUGUGCAUCUGGAUGCCACUGUGAAGUGGUGGUGGUGUUGUGGCUGUAGCACUAACGCCAUAGCUGCAUGGCUACAUCCCUCCCUCUGAACACUCUCUCUCCUAGCCUUAAAGCUGCACUUCUACAUGAAGCGCUGCCACUGAUGGGGAGUUCCAUUCAACCUUCUUUCUCGAUAGAUUCCUUUUUGUUUGCAUACGAGAGCAAAGACGGCUGAGGCCUCUCUCCUAUUUGGCUGUUAUAUCCUGAGAAGCAUUGUUCUCUGUCACAGUUGCACGUCAAGGGACAAGGAAGAGGGAGAAAGAAGAUUUCAGGAGAACAGGAAGUCGUAUUGUUUAGUUGUUUUUAGGUAUUGUUGGUCAGAGAUGUUGAUCUUAAUCUUAACUUGAUGGACUGGGAUGAGUGGUGGAAUUUGCCUGCCCCAAUGUGUCUGUAAUAUUGGAGAUCUAUAACAUUUAUAUUAGAACUGUUUGUGAUUUCACCCCUUUGACAAAAUCUUCUUUUGAAAUAAUUGAAACUAUUUAAAACACUUUGUAAAUAGCUAAAUUGACAUAAUUAAAGAGUGUUAUAUUUGAUUAUCAUAUACAGUAUCUUUAUCAAAGUGCACAUUAACUCAUAUGACUUGAGUUAUGAUUGUUGUGGUUUCUCUGAGCCAAACAUAUCAUGUUUUCUCUAAGAGAACGUAGCCAAUAAAAUGAUCAUGCUAAUAUGAAAUAACUAUGUAAAUGAGACAAUUACAAUUGCUUUUCCGCUGCUAAAAGUGUCUUUCACAAUACAUGCCAAGGUUUUUCCUUAAUCAAAAUGGCAAGUAUUUAUUGGUUUGGAUAAAGAAAGCUGCUGGUGUUGAAGAAAGUCGCUUGCUCUGACUCUCAUAAUCACAGGCAGGAACGUGGCCAUUGAAUAUUGCUUUUGUUUGAAUAGCAGUCUCUGCAUCGGAAUGACCUGCUAUGCCUCAGGCCCCUCUCACUGUUGGCCCAGUAAAACAGGUCACUAGUUUGGCCCCACAGAUGUUGACAUAUAUUGUAUGUACUUGUCUGUAACCUCCACUCUUGGGGCUUGAAAGGAGGAGCCAGUCAAGGAAAGCUGAUAAGAUUGAAUCUCAUAAUUUGGGGCUAAAGUGAAAAGUUCAAAAAUACGCACACCGGCUUUCAUAUUUAAUUUAGGUGGUGGUCAUCGUGCAGUUAAGAAGAAGAAUUGUCUCAUUGUGGCUAACCAGUAACAUACCUAAUCACAAUGGAGUUCAUGGUGAGCCAUUAUACUCAAGUAGUAUGACUUAAAAAAUAGUAGAGUGGAUGAUGAUUGAGAUUUGUUACCUUAUAUGAUUAUGCAAAGUGUCAUCUGUAUUAAUAUAAAUAUAUUACCUUUGAGAUAGAAAGGUCUGUUUUCUUAACUCUGUAGACAUUGUCUGUGAGAAAGUGAGUGUGUGUGUGUACAGUGUGUUUGAGAAUUGUAAUUUGCCGUCUUCUGUCAUAGUGUGUUUUGACCUCUUGUCCUUUGUGGUCCAUGUAGUUGAUCAAGGCUGGGCCCUAGUUUGCCAAGUCGGGAAUGGCACAGCACUGCUAAGUUCUGUGCGUCCCAAAUGCACCAUUGCUAUGUGCUCUAGCUGCCAAAAUGCCUCACAUACAUCAGAACGUUGCAUCUGCAAAUCUUUAGCCAAGUAUGAUUUGCUUUUGUGUUUACAGUCCAUCUUUCACCGAUUUGUACAGAACCAAAAAGUGAACUCACACAGACCCAGAUAUAACCCAGAGAUAUAACAUUUGUUGUGACUUGGAGAUGAAUAACCUAAGUUAUUAGUAUUGGAUUUCAGUGCCUGUACAUAUGCAGACAGUAUGUAUUGAUUAUUGCAGAGGGAGCACAGGGUACAAAGAAACCAUCACAAUAGAUGCCAAUUGAUUCCCUUUAAUUCUCCAGUUAAAGUUCAUGAUCUUAUGUAAAUACAGAGUUGUGUGUGUGUGUGUGUGUGUGUGUGUGUGUGUGUGUGUGUGUGUGUGUGUGUGAGAGAGGAUAGGUGAUGUUGUGACUCUACAUGGAACUAAGUUUCACGGAACUAACUCAUGCAACUUUUAAUUUAUUUAGAUUUUCAUUCAACAGUUUUUCCCUUAUGAAAAGAGGAACAAACAGCCUGUUUGUCAUUGUGAUAAGUUCAAGAGGCUAUGUGAGAGAGAUUGUGAGUUUGAGAAAAUAUGUAUGUAUGAACACAUUAAUCAAUUUUUUUAUGGAAUGAAGGACUUCAUUCCAUUAAUGAAAGUAAUGUCAGAAAACUGGUGAGAAAAUGGUAAAUGGGAUGUUCUAAUUGUUUGACAUGUGACCAAAGUAAACAUAAUUUGAUCUCAUCUUUACUUGGUGUACAUUAUUUUCUAGAGAUGCUUGAAUAUUUUCUCUUAAUGCCAAGAAGCUGAUGUUUAUUUUUGUACUUCAUUGUUUCGUGCAGAUGUAUAAGUCCUUCUCCACUACAGAAUUUAAAGUUAGGGAUUCAUCCAUUAAUAUUCUUUUAUUUAAGAUACUAAUUAUUACUGUAUUUAAUGUCUGAAGCAUGCCCUAUAUGAAUACAUAUAAAUAUAAAAUAUAUAUACAAUACAUAUAAAAUGUGAUUACUUUGUACAAAAUUAACAUUUUGUUUGUAAAGCAUUGUUUUAAAAAUCUGGAGCAUAUAUAAUAUUUUUAUGUUUAUAUUUUAGCAUGCAGAAAACUGCAAAGAAAAACUUCAGUUAUGUUAUAUUUGAUGUAACUAGUUUGAGGAUUCCUUGUGUUUUCUCAUUUAGGAAAAUGACUAACCACAAGCACUUUUGCUGUUUGUCAGCCAGAAUUGUACUCUUUUGAAUUAUGGGAGAUGGUUCAUUAUUUCAUUUGAUGAUGCUGCUAUGACUAGUUUUGAGCAGAAAAGCUGUAUUUUUAAUUAACUUUCAGCCAAGUAGCAAUAAAAUUUAUACUGUGAAAAACUGUCACCCUUUCUCAUUCAGUUCCCUCCAUGGCCUUGCUGAUGGUUUGGUUAUUUAGACAAACCCUUCAGGUCUUCAGCACAGACAAGAUAAUUCCUUGUGUGGUUGAACUUAACCAAUUCAUGAACACAAGCACUCCUUUUACAUCCUUUCAUUUAGAAGUAUGUGAGUCAUGUCUCCUGUAAACAUAUUCAAUCAUUCUCUCAAAAAUAGAAAAUCUUAAGUAAAAACAUGUUUAUAAUGAAUAAAGAUUACAAAGCAAACAAAUGUACAGUAGAAAAAUGUACAUAGCAAAAAAGACCAUCUUAAGAGGUCAUUAUAAAAAGAAACAUUAAGAAUGACAAUAGGGUGACAAGAAUGAAAUGACUUUUCACAAGCACGUGUAUAGUAGUAUAAUUACUACUAGUAGUACAACUAUUAAACUAAAUCCACAUUUGUGAGUGCUUAUAGGAAGAGGGGGGCAUUUUGAUCCGUUCUAUUGAUCCUAGUGUAAAGAGGGGCAGUUCCUACAAGUUAAUACCCUCAUCUGCUUUCUGUUUCUUUGUCUCCCGCACAGCCCUGAAAGCACGGAUGGCGAAUACCGCACCAAAAGGGAAUACGAUGACUCCUAGAAUCCCAAAGAGGCCUACAGCAAUGUCUGCCCCAUUGUACUGACACUCAAAGCCCUGAUGGCCUUUGCUUUUGUAGAGCUGCUCCCUCUCCUUACAGAUGGGGUUGUCGUAAGUCGCCUUGAUCUUGAUAAAGUAGAAAACUAGGGCAGGGAUGUAGCCCAGGCCGAUGAGCAGGUUGAGCAGAGUCUCUGCCAGCAGCACAGGGGGCCAGCGGUACGUGACCCUCAGAACCCCCAGGGCUAGCAUGACACAGGCAUAGGCCAUAAUGGC